UAAUAUGCGUUUUUUUCCCCUUUCAAAAAUGAAAAAACCCUAACUCCAGACUCCUCUCUGUGUCAUUUUUGCUGCUGCCGGCCGCUCCCUUUUUAAAGUGUUUAGCGUUCCGGAGGCUGUCCCGUCGCCGUUCUCAAAUUAGCUGCUGAAAAAUUCAAAGCUCUGUCAACACCAACGCAGGUGGGGGAAAAACAAAAUGUUUCUCAAAGUACAGUUGCCCUGGAAUGUCAUAAUCCCUGCUGAAAACCUGGAUGCAAAAGGAUUGAUGCUUCAACGGGCAAUUAUUAUUCGCCUGUUGGGCGACUUUGCUGCCAGAAAGGCCACUAAGGAUCUUGGAUAUUAUCAUGCUGUCACUACUCUGGAUAGCAUAGGAGAGGGAAGAGUCAGACAGCAAACGGGAGAUGUUAUCUUCCCAGUUGUUUUUAGCGCCAUCACCUUCAAGCUGCACAAAGGAGAGAUUUCGGAGGGGGUUGUCCACAAGGUUCUGAAGCAUGGGGUCCUCUUGAAAUGUGGGCCAAUAGAAAACAUUUUUCUCGCUCCCCGGAAAAUGCCAGGUUACUGCUAUGAGGGCGGGGAGAGUCCAGUGUUCCGGGACAAGCUAUCGAAGAUCGAAAAGGAUGUUGUGGUUCGUUUCAUUGUGAUUGGAACAAUGUGGUUGGAGGCGGAUAGGGAAUUUCAGGCACUGGUCAGUUUGGAGGGCGAUUAUCUAGGACCAAUUUCUUAGUGUUAGGAAAUGCUCACUCUGUAUAUGUGUAGACCUGCAAAUAUGUUUUUGAACCUUGUCAAUGCUCAUGCUGCCCUACUACUUCCAAGUCCUCCAAUCAAACUUCAUGUAAAUCUCAUUUUGGCAUGUUUACAGCAGCUUCAAGUUUUCAUCCGUUAGAAGGUAAAAACUUCUGGUAAAUCGCAUUUUGGCUGUCCAAAUGUGGUGUUAUUUUGUCAGCAGGCACACUUAAUGGAUAUUAUUGUGGCAGAUUACAAUAUUUCUUUUUUGUUUCA